GCGCUCCACGAAGCCUGCGAACACGGCUCGAUGCGAGUGGUGAAGUUCCUCGUCGAGCACGGCUGCGACGUGAACGCGCGCGACGCCCAGCAGUGGACACCGCUCCACUACGCGGCCGCGUUCGACGAGGGCCCCGCCGACGACCUCGUCAACUUCCUCCUGAGCCACGGCGCCGACGCGACCCUCGAGGACGAGGACGGCGACACGCCCCUGGAC